UGCUGGGCAUCAUUCUUUUUCUCCAGCACCCGCAGUUCUUUGAAUCCGUUGUCCUCGGGAUUACCACUCUUUAACCCUUCGAAAGCAGCCACCUGGUGUGGAUUAUCUUCUCAUGAUGCCUUCAUUAUUAGCAUUGCAAGCUUUCCUUCUACUCGCCCUCGUCACUUUCGUCCUUGCCGCACCCUCACCCCACAACCCGCCUCAAAAGCGAAGCUUCAUGGUCGAGCGAAUACCUAAUCCCAAUUUCAAACGACACCCAAAUCACAAAAGAUCUGUUGGAGCAGGAACGAGAGCCCUUCUCAAGGCAUACCGGAAAUUUGGCAUUCCUCCAGGCCCAGUGCUCGAUGCCAUGCGUGCGGCAGGAGCUGGAGCUGCUUCGCCGGCCUCAGCAGUAUCGGAGAAAGCUGCUGGAGGUGGACUUGCCGCGGAAUUGGAAGGCUUGCUUGGUGAUUUGCUUGGGGCUGGAGCUGGAGCUGGAGCUGGAAAUUCCGCUGCUGCUGGUGGAAAUGCAAACGGAAAUGCCAAAUCGAGCCCUGCAGCAGCAGGAAAGGCCUCUAAGACGGGUUCUGCUGGUACCGCCAAGUCCACAGGAUCAACUGGAGCAUCUGGAUCAUCGACAAACAGUACAACAAACAGCACAGCCUCCGCUAACACUGGUACUGGUAUUGUUGCCGCUACCCCUGAGCAAGGUGAUGUCGAGUAUCUAGCUCCCAUCAGCAUUGGAGGCCAGACAAUGAACAUGGACUUCGACAGUGGAUCUUCUGACCUGUGGGUCUUCAAUACUCAACUGGCAACAGCUUCCCAAACUGGCCACCAAAACUUCGACCCCACCAAGUCUACCUCCUUCAAGAUGAUGACCGGUGCCUCAUUCACCAUCUCUUACGGUGAUGGAUCAGGAGCAGCUGGCAACGUCGGUACAGACACCGUCGACAUCGGAGGAGCAACCGUGACCAGCCAAGCCAUUGAGCUCGCCACCGCCGUCUCCACUUCCUUCAUCCAGGACACCCAAUCCAACGGGCUCGUCGGCCUCGCCUUCUCCAAACUCAACACCGUCAAGCCAGCUCCGCAAAAGACCUUCUUCGACAACGCCAAAGCCUCCCUCGCCAUGCCCGUCUUCACCGCCGAUCUUCGCAAGAACGCCGUGGGCGCAUAUACCUUCGGUGCCAUCGACUCGACCAAGUUCAACGGCUCCCUCACCUGGGCCGCUGUCAACACCACCAACGGCUUCUGGCAAUUCUCGUCCACCAAGUUCCAGGUCGGCACUGGAGCCGCCAUGACCGUCGCUGGCGGUCAGGCUAUCGCUGACACCGGAACCACACUCAUGUUGGCCAACGCAGCCGUCGUCAACGCUUAUUACAGCCAGGUCACCGGCGCAGUCAACAACCAGACUGUCGGAGGCGUGACCUUCCCUUGCAACGCGCAGUUGCCUGAUCUCCAGGUCGAUGUUGGUGGAUCGUACAUGGCGCUUGUUCGGGGUGAUGAUAUCAACUUCGCCCCGGUUGAUAAUGCUGGCACGACUUGCUUCGGCGGUCUCCAGGCCAUUGCAUCCAAUCUGCAGAUCUACGGCGACAUCAUGUUCAAGUCCCAGUUCGUGGCCUUCAACGGUGGAAACAACACCAUCGGAAUGGCUCCCCAUCAAUAGAUGGUGUACAGAAAUGUAUAUCUAGAUCUCGUAUAUUUGUUUUGGACAGAAAACCUUUUUUUGGGAGGACCCCUAUUGUUUAUAUGAUGAAAUGGAAUUGAAGAAAUGGACAAGAUGAUGGUUUUCUUGACAAUGUACAAAGUUACCGACAGACACCUUAGACAGGAUUUCAGUAAUAUGAAAUGACACUGCAUUAGGUGGAUUCAGACCAUUUUUUAUCACG